AUGGAUUCUCACUUUCUCAACAACCUUUUGCGAGAUGUACGUCCAGAUGAGAUAUACCACUUGGCCGCACAGUCGCAUGUCAGUCAAUCCUUCAAGACGCCGGACUACACCAUGCAAGUGAACACGAUAGGCACGUUGAAUCUUUUGCAAGCGAUUGUCAACUGCGGACUCGAGAACCACGUCAGACUAUACAAUGCGGCCACUUCAGAACUCUUUGGCGGGACCCUCUCCCCCGCAGAUACUCUCAACGAACAAUCUGCUUUCUCUCCAAGAUCACCAUAUGCUAUCUCCAAACUGGCAGCGUAUUGGUUUGUCCGCAACUAUCGUGUCUCGCAUGGGCUUUGGGCCGUCAAUGGUAUUCUUUUCAACCACGAAUCACCCAGACGAGGGAGCGGCUUCGUGACCAUGCGCAUAGCCCGAGGGGUUGCAUCCCAAGCCCUCGGUAUCAGUGACAAGCCCCUGACGCUGGCCGGGGUAGACAUGACGCGGGACUGGGGCCACGCGAGAGAUUAUGUCCAGGGUAUCUGGAUGAUGCUACAGCAAGCAGAGCCACGCGACAUGGUACUGGCUUCCGGCAAGCAGCAUACCGUUCGAGAUUUUGUUGAUUUGGCUUUUCAGCACAUCGGGAUUCGGCUCCGGUGA